GCGAUGGUGCUGCCGCUGCAGCUGUUCGGGAGUGCGCGCCGGCCGAUCCUGGCGUCCGCGGAGGCUGCCCUCUGGGGUUUGAAGUCAAUAAAGGGAAGCUGCCAUAAUUUUUGUACAGCUAUUUUUAAAGAUGUCACUUAUAAGGAACUUAAAAACCUCUUGAAUUCCAAAAAAAUUAUGUUAAUUGAUGUUAGAGAGCCAUGGGAAAUUGUCGAGUAUGGAAAAAUUCCUGGGUCUGUCAACAUACCACUGGGUGAGGUAGGUAAAGCUCUACAGAUGAACCCAAAAGACUUCAAAGAGAAGUACAAUGAAGUAAAACCAUCCAAAUCAGACAGUCUGGUGUUUUCUUGUUUAGCCGGAGUGAGAAGCAAGAAGGCUUUGGACACGGCAGUAUCUCUGGGCUUUAACAGUGUUCAACACUAUGCUGGAGGAUGGAAGGAAUGGGCAACCUAUGAAUUUUCAGAGAAGAAACACGGAAAUUGAUUUCUGGAAUACAAGUUGGCUCUUUUCGGGCACCUGGGUGGCUCAAUGGGUUAAGCCUCUGCCUUCGGCUCAGGUCAUGAUCUCAGGGU